AUGACUGAGCGAGUCGAGAAGGCCCGUCCGCUGCUCCGCGAGCUUGCGGCCUUGCCCGACGUCCAGACCGGCCUCCUGCUUCUCCGGCACUGUGCCUCGUUCUGCCGCGUUUCUUACUCCUCACGUGUCACCCCACCCGGAGCACUCCGCACCUCCUUGGCUGCCUUUGCCUGGGAGCAGGCGUCCCUUGCUACGUCCAUCGGUGGCCUUGGCCUCCGACUUGCCAACCUGCACGCACCAGCUGCCUACGUUGCCUCCCUCACCCAAACUGUUGCGGUCUGCAUUGGCCUCUACCCUGCCUACGACCUUGCCCACAACCCCGGCCUUCUCGCUGCCAUUGCCACCCACAAUCUUGAGGUCGCCCCGCCCGACCACCUACGCGUUCCUGUGCCGCCACAAACCCGACAGCGCGAGCUGUCCCAGGCUCUCGACCGCGCGGUGGCCUCACGGCUCCUGACCCCAAGCCCCGGACGUGAAGCUAACAGAGCUCACUUCCGCCUCCUCGAACUGCCUGGUGCCGGUGCCUGGCUUCACGCCCCGCCCAGCGAGGCUCUUGGGCUCCACGUCGAGCCGCGCUUGUUCCGCACAAUGGUCCAGCUCCGCCUGCGCCUGCCCGUCGCGCCGACCGACGUGGCCUGCCCACUCUGCGAUGGUGUAGCGGACCGGUUCGGCGCUCACUCGCUGUGCUGCCCGUGUGGCGGAGACCGAAUCAAACGCCACAACCGUCUCCGGUCCGUCGUCGCUACACGCAGCCAAGCCACUGGACUCGGAGUCGAAGUUGAAAAAGCGGACCUCCUCCCCUUACGCCCUGACGACGACGGGGCUGACGGAGGCCGCGGCUCUGGUCUCCGCAGACCUGCAGAUGUCUGGGUCGCUCAGUGGGGCCUGCAAGGGCCUGCUGCCUUUGACCUCGCUGUCACGUCAGGCAUCAAGGCCGGCCCGAUGCUAGCUGAGUCUGCCCGGUCCAGCCAAGCAGCCGUCGAGUCCUACGAAGCCCGGAAGCGGAACCACCUCCACACGGACCAACUCUGCCGCUCCGAGGGACUUCAGUUCCUGCCUCUCGUCGCUGAGGCUUGCAGUGGGGGGUGGGGCCCGACUGCCGUCUCCACGUGGCGAACGCUCGGUGGUCUCAUCGCAGCUCGCUCUGGGGACACCCCUGCUGCAGAGACAGAUCGCCUCCUGCAAAGCCUCGCCAUCACUCUCCAAAGGGAAAACGCACGUGCGGUCCUCCGCCGCCUGCCUCAGGGUGGGGAGGAGGCCUCCCCCUUUGCCGCACCUUGA